AUCCAAGGCUACUUCGUCCAGAUUCGACAAUCCAUCAAAAAAGACAAAGACUUGCAAUUAACCGCUCCUACCAAAUUCUUUGACAGUGUUGGCUUCUGGCAACAAGCAUUGGAAGAGUCUGAGGCAGAGCAGAGCAAGCUGCGCGAUCGAAUCUUCGAACUGGAACAACGAAAUGAGGGUCUUGCCGCCAAACUGCGUAUGGGUACAGUCACUGAUAGCAUGGGGAAUGGAUUGUCAACUAUUGGUGGUAGAGAUACGACCGACGGAGAACCGUCCAGGAAACGAGCUCGAACGCGGAAAACCACUCGAGGAGGAUUGCCUCCCGUUCUUGAAGAUGAUGAACUUCCAAAGCUUGAAACAGGAACUCUGUCCAUCCUGAGACAGCUCUACGCUCUUCAAAAAGCGAUGCACAAAAAGACAGACUCCAAUAACCUGGCCACAGCAGCAGUCAUGCUUUGCAAGGUAGCCGAACGGGAACUGCUCACAGCAGGGCAAGGGGAGGGCAGCCGACCCAAAAACCCCAAGCUUCAAGAGACAAAGCAGUCAGAGCUCCCCACUAUGAUCAACGAAGUCAAGCUGUCAUUUCAGCAUGUGGAGCGCACUCUGGCUAAAUUGCCCAGCACAGAGGAUGGCAAAAGGUGCCGUGGUCAAGUCACUUAUUACCUGGUGUGUCUAUUCGAGUCGACCAUGACGGCCCUCACCCAACGCUGCAACCCCAUUCAACUCAGCAGCCGAAAACAGAGGCUCAGGACUAGCACCAGGAUGAAAGCUCAAGUCAGUAAACAGACCCUAGUUGCUCCAACUGCUACAGAUGAAACACCUCGGUAUCUCACGGGAUUGCUCUAUGCCAUGGCCCAGUCACUCGAUUUAGCUUGUUCUUCGGACCGGGAGGUUAUGGAGGGAUUUCUUUAUGUUUUUCUUGAACGUGUGGGCGAUAUACUGGCUCUGUCUGUCGAUACCAAUCGGGGAACACCGCCACCUGCAGCAUGCGACGGGAUGAGGAAUGAAGAUAUAUCUGCUCCAAAUGUGCAGGUUGAAGGGCUGUAUCUGGCCUGGCUUUUAGAAAAGAUGCUUGCCCUCUUGACCAAACCCCAAUCCCCAUGCUCUGCCACAGAACAUCUUAUUACAAAGGCCAAGGAUCGUCUUCAGAGAAUUCUACGGCAGGCUGCCCGGGGCUGCGAGAGUUCUCAAGCCCAGAACACAUUGAUACGUCCAGUAACUCCUCCACCCCAAAAGGUUGAUUGCCAAUCAUUCAACCAGCAAACCUUCUCAGACUGGUUUCAGCAAGAGCUGUGGCGCCUGGCCGGCUAUGAUAUGCUGGCAUCUAUCCUGGCACCAGACUAG